CCAGUCCAGGGAGGAGGGGGAAGAGGACGAGGGGGAGGCAAGCGGUCGUCCGGGGUUAGACCCGUUCAGGGUGUCGGUCCGUUCAGGGCGGGUGAUGACUCACGGCCCAUCCCAUCUUCCCGACGCCGCCCGCCCGCGCAGAGCUAGCUCCAUGGCUUAACGGAGGAGGCAGUGGCGAGCGGGGGGAGGGGGACUCUUAUUUUGUUAGGGGGACCGGGCCAAGGCCCGACCGGCCUGGCAGGGCUCGCCCGGGCCGGGCGUCAUGUCUCAUGCAGCCGAGCCAUCUCGGGACGGCGUAGAGGCCAGUGCGGAGGGUCCUCGAGCCGUGUUCGUGCUGUUGGAAGAGCGCAGACCAGCCGACUCAGCCCAGCUGCUCAGCCUGAAUUCUUUGCUUCCGGAAUCCGGGAUUGUUGCUGACAUCGAAUUAGAAAACAUCCUUGAUCCUGACAGCUUCUACGAGCUCAAAAGCCAACCCCUACCCCUCCGCUCCAGCCUCCCAAUAUCACUGCAGGCCACACCAACCACCCCAGCUACACUCUCUGCAUCGUCUUCUGCAGGGGGCUCCAGGACCCCUGCCAUGUCAUCAUCAUCUUCAUCACGGGUGUUGCUGCGGCAGCAGCUGAUGCGGGCCCAGGCCCAGGAGCAGGAGAGGCGUGAGCGGCGGGAACAGGCAGCAGCUGCUUCCUUCCCCAGUCCUGCACCUGCCUCACCAGCCAUCUCUGUGAUUGGCGUGUCUGCUGGAGGCCACACACUGGGUCGUCCACCCCCAGCUCAGGUGCCCAGGGAGGUUCUCAAGGUUCAGACCCACCUGGAGAACCCCACACGCUACCAUCUCCAGCAAGCUCGCCGGCAGCAGGUGAAACAAUACUUAUCUACCACACUUGGGCCCAAGCUGGCUUCCCAGGCCCUCACCCCACCACCAGGGCCUGCCAGUGCCCAGCCACUUCCUGGCCCUGAAACUGCCCAUGCCACUGCUCCGACAGGCAGUGCUCCUAACAGCCCCAUGGCACUGCUCACCAUUGGGUCCAGCUCCGAGAAGGAGAUUGAUGAUGUCAUUGAUGAGAUCAUCAGCCUAGAGUCCAGUUACAACGAUGAGAUGCUCAGCUAUCUUCCCGGAGGCACAGCAGGGCUGCAGCUCCCCAGCACGCUGCCUGUGUCAGGGAAUCUGCUUGAUGUGUACAGCAACCAAGGAGUGGCCACCCCGGCCAUCACUGUCAGCAAUUCCUGUCCAGCUGAGCUGCCUAACAUCAAACGGGAGAUCUCUGAAACCGAGGCAAAGGCCCUUUUGAAGGAACGACAGAAGAAAGACAAUCACAACCUAAUUGAACGACGCAGGCGAUUCAACAUUAACGAUAGGAUCAAAGAGCUGGGCACCCUCAUCCCCAAGUCCAAUGAUCCGGAGAUGCGCUGGAACAAGGGCACCAUCCUGAAGGCAUCUGUGGAUUACAUCCGCAAAUUGCAGAAGGAACAGCAGCGCUCCAAAGACCUCGAGAGCCGUCAGCGAUCCCUGGAGCAAGCCAACCGAAGUCUGCAGCUCCGAAUUCAGGAGCUAGAACUGCAGGCCCAGAUCCAUGGCCUGCCAGUACCUCCUAGCCCAGGACUGCUCUCCAUAGCCACUAGUUCCGUCUCUGACAGCCUCAAGGCAGAACAGCUGGACAUUGAGGAGGAAGGCAGGCCGAGCCCAACAACAUUUCAUGUAGCAGGGGGACCUGUCCAGAAUGCGCCUCAGCAGCAGCAGCAACCUCCUGCGCCACCCUCGGAUGCUCUCCUGGACCUGCAUUUUCCCAGCGACCACUUGGGGGACCUGGGAGAUCCCUUUCACCUGGGGCUAGAGGACAUUCUGAUGGAGGAGGAGGGGGUGGUGGGAGGACUGUCAGGGGGUGCCCUGUCCCCGCUGCGGGCUGCCUCUGACCCCCUACUUUCUUCAGUAUCCCCGGCUGUGUCCAAGGCCAGCAGCCGCCGGAGCAGCUUCAGCAUGGAGGAGGAGUCCUGAUCGGGUCUCACUCCUCCCCUUGGACUGCCCCCACCCAGGGAAGGAGGACAAGCCUGGAUGAGACACCUUUUUUCCCUACCCUCCUGUGAGACUGCCCUGUCCAGGAAAUCUGGGGGAAGAGGAGUUGUAAUUAGGCCCCACCCCUAUAAAAGGCAAGGAGGAGGAAUCAGGUGAGGCCCUGCCCCUUUUCCAAAGGAACCACCCUGCGCAGGUAUUUCUGAGAGAAGGCAGAAGAGAGCUGGGAAAGCUAAGUUCAUCUCCUGAGAAUCACUGGCAUUCCCCUAGGUGAGGGAAGGAGGCGGGGUAAGGUGCCCCCGGCUACUAGGCACUCUUUUUUUGGUGUGGUUUUUCAAGACAGGGUUUCUCUGUGUAGCUUUGCGCCUU